AUGGGUGACUACGCGAAAGCACUUCAAUUUUAUGAAAAAGCACAUACAAUUGAAGAAAAAGAUCUGCCUUCGAAUCAUCCUGAUUUAGCUAAUUCUUACAACAAUAUCGGUCUUGCGUAUAACAACAUGGGUGAUUACUCGAAAGCACUUGAGUUUUACGAAAAAUCACUUAAAAUACGAGAAAAAACUCUGCCUUCCAAUCAUCCUAGUUUGGCUUCUUCCUAUAACAACAUCGGUGCAGCGUAUUACGGCAAGAAUGAUUACUUGAAAGCACUUGAAUUUUAUGAAAAAGCACAUCAAAUUGAAGAAAAAGCUCUGCCUCCAAAUCAUCCUGAUUUGGCUUCUUCGUAUAACAACAUCGGCCAUGCGUAUAGUGGCAUGAGUGACUACUCAAAAGCAAUAUCAUAUCUAGAAAAGGCGCUUGCUAUUGGACAAAUAUCACUUCCAUCAACGCAUCCUCUGAUCAAAACAUUUAUGAAUAGUAUUGACUGCGUAAAAAAGAAGUUGUAA